AUGUCAAUAGCUGUGACUACAACAGUUUCAGCAUCAUUGCCACAAAAUUCAAAUACUAACACAUCUCCAUCUACUGUAAAUUCAAGAUCACCUGGUAAUGGUGUUAAUACAUCACUUAUUCCAUCAGUAGUUGUAUCUUCAUCUACUUAUUCAUCCUAUCCUGGAAUUGAUAUGAAUUAUCAAGGAAAUUCAUUACCAGAUCAAUCUCAUUAUUAUUGGGGUAAUCAACAUCAAAUUACAGGUGUAUAUCCUCCCAUCCAUACACCUUACCCAAAUCCAAUGGUAAAUAUGAAUGGUAUAAAUAAUGAUGUUUAUUCUCGGACAAAUGUAACAAAUUCAGUACCACAAGUAUCAUCUCCAGCAUACCCACAAUCAAUGCAACCACCAACUACAGCAUCUGGCAGUGACUCUGCAGAGGUUGUUGAAAUAGGUAAAAUAUACGAAAAUGCCACAGAAAAUAGUAAUUCAUAUUCUACAUUGCCAACAAAUCAUUACCAAAAUUCAUCAACAAUACCUGGACAAAUUCCAGCACCAACACCAACAUAUAAUCAUUAUCAUGUACCAACAACCUCAGAUAAACCUACAAUUAACAAUCUUCUUGAACUUAGUAGCUGCCAUUCUCAAUCAUUGCAAUCUCCAGUUUAUAGUUUUCCUCAAUCAAAUAUAGAAAACAUUAAUGGCGUUCCUACAAAACCAGAAGCAUUGACAUCUAUUCAUAAUCAACUUAAUAAUCCACAUAAUUUCUAUCAACCUUCUCAUCCUUCUCUUCAAAAUUUACCAGCAUCCGAUUUGUUAUCAUCCCAAAUUCCAGGAGAUAUUUAUAAUAUUCCUUCAGUUAAUCAAUCUCAGUCAUUAAAUCAUCGGGAAUUGCUAUCCAAUGGAUAUCAACCUAUCCCAUCAUCAGAAUAUACAAAUUCAUUACCUUCAAUGCAUGGAAGAAAUUCUUCCAGAUCUAAUAGACGUUUAAAAAGUGAAGUUAAAGAUUCUGAUGAUGAUGGAAAGUCAUCAGAUGAUAAAGAAUUAGAUAGAAGAUCAGCUAAUAAUGCCCGUGAACGUAUACGUGUUCGUGAUAUUAAUAGUGCAUUUAAAGAACUAGGAAGAAUGUGUGCUCAACACCUAAAUCAAACUAAUGAUAAAGCUCAAACAAAACUUAAUGUUUUACAUCAGGCAGUUAGUGUUAUUACGCAAUUGGAAGAACAAGUACGGAGUAGAAAUUUGAAUCCAAAAGCUGCAGCUAUCAUGAAAAAAAGAGAGGAGGAACAAAAAUUAAUGAAUUCAAUGUCUGGAAUACAAAAUGUUGCACCUCAAAAUGCUUUUGCACAACAUCAAAUAAAUGGAAUUGAUGGGGAUGUGAAACCUCCAUUACAAUCUAAUGUUUCUGUUUAUAGAUAA